AGCACCAGCACCAGCACCAGCAGCGGCAUCAUGGCCCUCAUUGAUCGCGUCCCCGGCGACCUCAAUCUGUAUAUUGGUGGCAUGUUCACGCUGCGGCGACGCGAAGCCCUGGAGCAAGCCAACAUUACCCACGUCCUGUCCGUCCUGCGCACCCCUCUGGACCGAGACCUGUUCGCCCCCUUUGCGCACAUGGUCGUCGAGGUCGACGAUGUCGACGACGAAAAUCUGCUCGAGCAUUUCCCCGCCACCAACCGCUUCAUCCGUGACGGGCUCCAUGGAGGUGGCGGCGUCCUAGUCCACUGUGCCAUGGGCAAGUCGCGAUCAGCUACCGUCGUCAUCGCUUAUUUGAUGCAAGAGCACAACAUCAGCCCUUCGGAAGCCCUGUCUCACGUUCGCCAAGCACGGUCCAUCUGCGAGCCAAACCCAGGCUUCAUGAAGCAACUCGACCUCUAUGCCGACAUGCACACGCCCGAAGACGUCGAAAACACGCCCGCCUACCAGCGAUGGGUCUACCAACGCGAGAUUGAGCUGAGCCGUGCCUGUGGCCAGGCCCCAGGCGCCGACAAGAUCCGCUUUGAAGACGAGCAUGUCGCUGAUGAGGCUUCAAGCUUUGAGUUGCGAUGCCGUAAAUGCAGGCGCGCACUCGCAACGUCGCAGUACUUACUGUCACAUGGGUCGUCUGUAAAUGCCAAAGACAGUGAGGCCCAAGUCCCUGCUUCGGCCAAAUGUGCACACUAUUUCAUCGAUCCCUUGUCAUGGAUGCGACCUGAGCUCGAACAAGGCAGGUUAGACGGACGCCUCGAGUGCCCAAAGUGCCAUACCAAUGUAGGCAAGUAUGCCUGGCAAGGUAUGCAAUGCAGCUGUGGCGAGUGGGUCGUCCCCGGUAUCAGCCUUGCAAAGGGCCGUAUCGACGAAGCAAGAAAAGCAACCUUUGGCAUACGUCGGCCUCCAGGGGCACCAGUCCAGCCCCCACUAGGCGCGCCUCAUUCCAGGGAGAAUCUUUAACACUACCAUUCAGCCGGAUUCUGGAGCCUCAGGCCGUAGACCAGGCAGGGGUUGGAGAGGACCCCACGUGGCAUCCUCGUCAAUGGCCUCGCGGCUGUCGGUGAUAUUCAAGACCAUCACUCCAACUUGCUCAGCGGCCCUAUUUGCUUCCAUGUCAGCUCUUGCAGUAGAUCCCCGCUAUGAAGGAGCGCUGAAUGCACAAGUCAGCUGAAACUCAACACGUAGUCAAUCUACCGGCUCCCAGUCUACAUGUCAAAAUCGCCAUCAUAAGGCACCAUGCUAGGCCGAUACAACAGCUUGUGGGCUUGGAUGAUCCGUACUGAGUCUGUCAUCUUCUUCCUUACGUGAAUACCACAGGAGCAGUCAUCCCAACUGCUAGACAACAAGACAGCCACGCAGCCUAUCAAAAUCAUCCUUUCGCCAUGUGUUCCCUCGAAUAUGUACAUUUGUGAAGAAAUUCGCGCCCAUCUACCUACCACUCUUUGAUCUAUGGCGCUCUA